AUGUCAUCUGGAGUUUUUCCUCUGCAACUCCGCGCUACCUCGUCCCUUUGCAGCCCAGGCAGGCCCCCCACCCUCUGCAAGCCCCUCGCUGGGCCGGAGCAUGAGGCCUCCUGGACCCCAGUAAAGGGAAAGGACUGGGCUCGGAACCCGGCGGGGCUGUGCCAUCCAGGUAGACGCGAGGUCUUAGGACGACAGCACCGGACACCGACCAGACUCUGUCCAGCCGCCUGGCCCUGCCCCACGUGGCCCCAUGAAGGGGCCGCCCUAGCCUGCUGCCGCCGAGACAUCCCGCUCCAGCCAAUCGGCGCCGCGCCACAGCCAAUAGCCAAUGAACGCACCGCGAACGCCGCCAAGCAUCUCACCGCCGAUUGGCCGCGAGAAGGGUGCAUCAUCGCCAUUGAUGGCGUCAUCCAGUGCACCGAGAGGGACGAGUUCUCCUACCAGGAGAUGAUUGCCAACCUGCCCCUCUGCAGCCACCCCAACCCUCGCAAGGUGCUGAUCAUCGGCGGUGGGGAUGGGGGCGUCCUGCGGGAAGUGGUGAAGCACCCUUCAGUGGAGGCCGUGGUCCAGUGUGAAAUCGAUGAGGAUGUCAUCCAAGUCUCUAAGAAGUUUCUUCCAGGCAUGGCGAUUGGCUACUCCAGCUCAAAGCUGACCCUCCAUGUAGGUGAUGGUUUUGAAUUCAUGAAGCAGAACCAGGAUGCCUUUGAUGUUAUCAUCACGGACUCCUCAGACCCCAUGGGCCCCGCUGAGAGCCUCUUCAAAGAAUCCUACUACCAGCUCAUGAAGACAGCCCUCAAGGAGGAUGGCAUUCUCUGCUGCCAGGGGGAGUGCCAGUGGCUGCACCUGGACCUCAUCAAGGAGAUGCGGCAGUUCUGCAAGUCCCUCUUCCCCGUGGUGGCCUACGCCUACUGCACCAUCCCCACCUACCCCAGCGGCCAGAUCGGCUUCAUGCUGUGCAGCAAGAACCCGAGCACCAACUUCCGGGAGCCGGUGCAGCAGCUGACGCAGGCACAGGUGGAACAGAGGCAGCUCAAGUACUACAACUCAGAUGUGCACCGAGCGGCCUUCGUGCUGCCGGAGUUUGCCCGCAAGGCCCUGAAUGAUGUGAGCUGA